AUGGAGUUUUUACCAGCAAAUUUUCAGCAGUAUGCAGAGAUAUUACUGCCCUUAAUAAGGCCACCUAUGGUAUCAGUGAUAUGCACUGUAGUGGCCUUAUUGGCUGGAGUUUUGGGAUACUUAUAUGGACCUUAUUGGGGUGUAAGAAAAGUGCCUGGUCCUCCAGCAAUUCCUUUCUUAGGUCACUUGCCCUUGCUUGCAAAAUAUGGCCCUGAUGUAUUCUCCAUUCUUGCUAAGAGAUAUGGUCCUAUUUUCAGAUUUCACAUGGGAAGACAACCACUAGUGAUUAUAGCAGAUCCAGAGCUAUGCAGAGAAGUUGGUAUCAAAAAAUUCAAAGACAUUACCAAUAGAAGCAUUCCGUCUCCCAUCGCUGCGUCCCCUCUUCAUCAGAAGGGCCUAUUCUUCACCAGGGAUUCAAGAUGGUCAACCAUGAGAAACGCCAUUUUGUCCGUCUACCAGCCAUCUCACCUUGCCAAGUUGGUGCCGACGAUGCAAGAUUGCAUCGAGUCUGCAACCAACAAUUUAGAUAGUAAACAAGAUUUCAUCUUUUCUGAGCUCGCCCUCAAACUAGCCACAGACGUAAUUGGACAAGCAGCUUUUGGAGUGGAUUUCAGGCUGUCAAAGCCGAAAUCUGGUCUUGAUUCUGUCAACAAAACGAACAAUCAACACGAUGAUAAUGAAGUCCAACAGUUCAUCAAUCAACACAUUUACUCCACAACUCAGCUUAAAAUGGACUUAUCAGGCUCCUUUUCAAUAGUAUUAGGCCUGCUUGUCCCUAUUCUUCAAGAGCCAUUUCGCCAGAUUCUUAAGAGAAUACCAGGCACUAUGGACUGGAAAGUAGAUAGAACAAACAAAAACUUGAGUAGCCGGCUUGAUGGGAUAGUGGAGAAGAGAAUGAAAGAAAAGGAUAGUGGCUCAAAGGAUUUUUUGUCACUUAUACUAAGUGCAAGAGAGUCGCAGACAGCUGCCAAGAAUGUCUUCACCUCCGAUUAUGUUAGUGCAGUAACAUACGAGCACUUGUUAGCUGGAUCAGCAACAACUUCAUUUACAAUGUCUACUAUAAUUUAUCUGGUUGCGGAGCAUCCAGAAGUUGAGAAGAAGUUGCUCGAAGAGAUUGAUGCUUUCAGUCCUCAUGAUCAAAUGCCUACUGCCCCUGAUCUUCAAUCCAAGUUUCCAUAUCUUGAUCAGGUGAUUAAAGAAGCAAUGAGAGUCUUCACAGUUUCUCCAUUAGUUGCGAGGGAAACAUCGGCUCCAGUAAAUAUUGGAGGUUACAACCUCCCAAAGGGCACCUGGGUGUGGUUAGCCCUUGGAGUCCUAGCUAAAGAUCCUAAGAACUUCCCAGAACCAGAGAAGUUCAAACCAGAGAGGUUCGAUCCAAAUUGUGAAGAGGAAAAACGAAGACAUCCUUACGCUAAUAUUCCAUUUGGAAUAGGGCCUCGUGCAUGCAUUGGACAGAAAUUCUCCUUACAAGAAAUUAAACUUUCACUGAUUCAUCUAUACAGAAAGUAUGUAUUCCGGCAUUCUCCGCAGAUGGAAACUCCUUUGGGACUCGAGUAUGGCAUAGUUCUUAACUUCAAACAUGGAGUAAAGGUUCGAGCCAUCAAACGCACGUGA